CUUCGAGGUUACUGGUGGCAGUGCACAUGCUAGCACUCAUCACUGGCCUGUCACCAGGGUGCCCGGAUGUACACGUUUUGGGGUGACUGUUUACCCAUCAGGCAGUGCGUGCUAUAUACUGGGGCGCUCUGGCAGCUCUGGCAUUUGGAAGUCUCUAGGGUUCUGAUCGUGGUCACCGCUGUGGCGCCACCGCCGCCAUUUGAGUGGCAGGCACCCGGCGUUUCCUUGCUCCUCCCUUCUCGCUCUGCCUCCACCCCUUCUCCUCGCCCCUCUUUUCCCCUCCUCCUGUCCUUCCUUCUUCUCUUCCUCCCGCUGCUCCUCCUUCUCCUCUGAGCUCCGGACGUCCUGCAGCGGUCUGGGAAGAAGUCUCAAUGUGAAGUGAAGCAGUUUCUCCCAGAUGUGGAAGAUCUUUAUCCAAGGACCUCUCUUUGUUUGAGAGGAUCAGCUAAGUCUAUGAGCUUGAAUUUUUGAUUUUGUUGUUUGGGGGUUGGAUUAUCAGUUUCAGUGCCUUUUAGCUCCUCUAAAACUGUAUUUGAUACAUAAAUCCAGUUUUAAGCUACAAAAGUUUCCUAGGUAUUUGUGAGGUGCCUAAAAGAGAUACAGUGUGAUUCAAGCCAUCUUAAAGUAAAAUAAAUAAAUAAAUAAAAAUAAAAGAAACACUGUAUCUACGAAGGUGCUAAUCUGUGCCUUUGCUUUAAUAGCCAUACAAAUGCAAUUGUGAUAACAUUUGAUUGAGUGUUUGUUUGCUGCCACUCCUCUACAGGGUUGUAAGGUAUUAAAGAACUGUUUUGAGAUGAAGAACUAGCUUCAAGAGGUUUUGUGGUCAGUAAAUAGAGCCACUUGUGGUGGUUUUAAAAUUACCUGUGUGUGAGUCUGUGUGUGUGUGUGUGUGUGUGUGUGUGUGUGUGUGCGCACGCACACACACACACACACACACACACACACACACACACACACACACACACGUUUGUCCUCACAAUUUGAAGGUCAGAUGACAACAUGGUAGUUGUAAGUUCUCACUUUCUACUGUCUAGGUCCCACAGGUAGAUCUCUGAUCAUCAUUUUGGGGAACAGACCCCCUUACUUACUGAGCCAGUCUCCAGACCUCCUGCUGUUUGGGUUUAUUUGUUUGUUUUUGAGAGGGUCUCAUAUAGCCUUGUAUUUGAUAUGUAACUAAGGCUAUCCAUGAACUCCUGAUCCUGCUGCCUCAGGAUUCCAGCUAAGAGCCUUCAUCCCUGUCACCUUAAAACCAGUUCUUAUUUAUUUAAUUUUUUUUUACAGUCCAGAUUUUAUCCCCCUCCCGGUCCACCAUCUUACGGUUCCACAUCCCAUACCUCCUCCCCCCCAUCUCCACGAGAAUGUCCCCAUCCCCCCACCCCCACCUCACCAGACCUCUCCACUCCCUGAGGGAGGACUCCAGUUUCUUGAGGGUUAAAUGCAUCUUAAAACCAGUUCAUACGCCAGUACUUUCUAGCUUUUGCCUAAGGUUCAAUUCAUUAAAUAAUGCCUCAUUUAUUUUAUAGGCAUGUCGAAGUUCCAGAGAAAGAAAAGCAAGGAGGUUUGCCUAAAAUUUUUAAGAAGUGUUACUCAAUUCCCAUCUCUACAUUUAAAAAAAAUCAUUUUCCUAUUUUUUAAUACUUAUUAUAUAUACAGCAUCCGAACUGCAUAUAUGCCUGCAGGCCAAAAGAUGGCAUCGGAUCCCAUUACAGAUGGUUAUGAGCCACCAUGUGGUUGCUGGGAACUGAACUCAGGACCUCUGGAAGAGCAUCUUGAGUUCUGGAAGAGCCACAUGUGCUGAGCCAUCUCUCCAGCCUCUUGUCGCUACAGUUUUUAAAGAUGUUAUAUUGUUUGUACAUUUUAGCAUUUGAAUAAUACUAUAUCCAAGUACGUUUAAAAGCUGAAGAAGAGCAUUGGAAAAAGUACUGAUAAUGAAGAACUGCCAACCUCAGCUUUUCCUAUUUAAUCCCUUUGCUCCAGUUUCCUAAAAUUCCCAAUAUAGGCUGGCCUUUUCAGCCCAGCGUUUCGCCACUUAACAUUACCUUUUUAUGAAGGGAAGGGAUUCUACGCCUUCCUAUUCUUCCACUUAUUUUAUUUUUCUAGGAGAACACUUAGAACCAUACAGAAUUUUUGGAAGUACUAGGGAUCAAUUUGUAUAUAUUAAUUAUAGCUGAAUAAUUUUUUUCUUUCUGUUUUCAGGGAGGACUUUGUCUUUCUGGAGCCAGGAAGGUGAUGUAAUUGCUACCACCAAACCUGAGAACUUGAGCUCAAUCGCAAGGACCCAUAUGUUGGUUCUUCAAUUUGAUGGAUAAAGAUAACUCUGUUCAAGAAAAAGGGUUGUUUCUCUCCUCUUGGAAAUUAGAUAAUUCAAAAAUGGCUGAACUUUUCAUGGAAUGUGAAGAAGAAGAGUUGGAACCAUGGCAGCAGAAAGUAGAAGAAAGUCAAAGUAAAGACGACGAUGAUGAGCUGAUCUUUGUUGGAGAGAUAUCAAGUUCCAAGCCAGCCAUUUCCAAUAUUUUGAACAGAUGUAGCCCUGGUUCAUCUUCAAAGGGACUAAAGAACGGUUCAUUCAAUCCAGCUAUUUCUAAUAUAUUCAAGCCUACGAGUCAACACUACAGAAAUCCAUCAUCGAAUGCACUGGUUGCUUUGCCAAGCUUUCAUCCUGCUCUCAAAUCUUCAGAGAGUUCUGAUGGUCAGACUGUGUCUAAACUUGACUUUACCAAGACUUCACCCCAAGAGGAUUCCGGUGCUUGUUCGGUCUCACAGUCAGACUCGACCCAAGAUAUACCGUCUUCCAACAUACUGCAACCGAGGACAGGUGUCGAUCAAACUUUAGGAUUAAAACAUCCUUCCACUUCCAAAGUAAACAGUGUUAAUCCAAAAAAGCCAAAGACGAGUGCGAGCAUUUCUGAAACACGCCCUUGCUCUUCAUCAUCUUCACAGACGGCGCCUUCAGGGGCUUCUUCCCAAACUGUACUAUCAAAUGUGAAUACCUCAUCAGUUCAGUCUGCACCUGGAUCAUCUUCACUAAGAUCUUGUCCAAAGUGCAAUGUUAAGUUCCGACUUCUGGAUCCUUUGAAGUGCCACAUGAAGCGUUGCUGCCCAGACAUGAUAAAUAAGUUUCUGGAAACUCUCAAGUCAGAAAAUUCAAAGGCUGUAAGCAAAGCUACCACUGACUCAGAUAAAGAAAAACUGAUCAUGCUUGUCAGUGAUUUUUAUUAUGGAAGACAUGAAGGAACUAUUGAGGAAAGCCAGAAGACUCACACCACUUUUAAAUGUUUCAGUUGCACAAAAGUUCUCAAAAAUAAUAUUAGGUUCAUGAACCACAUGAAACACCACUUGGAACUUGAAAAGCAGAACAACGAGACCUGGGAAAGCCAUACUACAUGCCAACACUGCUACCGGCAGUACCCCAACCCCUUCCAGCUCCAGUGCCACAUUGAGAGUACACAUACUCCUCAUGAUUUUUCUACUAUUUGCAAGAUCUGUGAAUUGUCAUUUGAAACAGAGCAUAUGCUUUUACAACACAUGAAGGAUACUCAUAAACCUGGUGAAAUGCCAUAUAUUUGCCAGGUUUGCCAGUUUAGAUCAUCAAUAUUUUCUGAUGUAGAAACUCACUUCAGAUCAUCUCAUGAAAACACUAAGAACUUGCUAUGUCCGUUUUGCCUCAAAGUUAGUAGAAUGGCAACCCCUUAUAUGAAUCACUACAUGAGACAUCAGAAAAAAGGAAUUUAUCGUUGCCCGAAAUGCAGACUACAAUUUUUGACCUCCAAGGAGAAAACAGAACAUAAGUUAGAACAUCGCACAUUUAUAAAGCCUAAAGAACUAGAGGGAUUGCCUCCUGGGACAAAAGUUAUUAUUCGAGCUUCAUUAGGAUCUAGUCAGUCAAGAGCCUCAAGCCCACCUUCUAGUACCAUCCCAAGCACUUCUCUUCAGCUCUCAGUUCCAAAGUCUAAAAGUACAACUACUAAGAAUAACUCAAAAGUAUCUGCAAAUAAAGCUACCACCACUAGCCCUCAAACAGUUGCAACCACAACUGGUAAGCCCAGUGCAAGUAAGCCAGGUACGGGGACAACUAAAUCCAAAGCCAAGCCCUCCUACAAGCAAAAGAGACAACGCACCAGGAAAAACAAAUUCAGCAUAGAUCUGAAGAACUUAAGGUGUCACCAGGGAAGUCACAUGUGUAUUGAGUGCCGUUCCAAAAUAAAAGAUUUUUCAAGCCACUUUUCUACACAUAUAAAUUGUGAUUUUUGCAAGUAUACCACUAACUGUAACAAAGCCUUUACAAAUCAUAUGAGCUCUCACAAUGACCACCCAAGUAAGCAGCUUUAUAUUUUUAAGAAGCAAUCACGAGCUCGCAGGGGCAUCACUCUAGUGUGCCUUAAAUGUGACUUCCUAGCCGAUACUUCUGGCUUAGACCGUAUGGCUAAACACUUAAAUCAACGUAAAACUCAUACUUGCCAAGUUGUAAUAGAGAAUGUUACCGAAAGAGCCGUAACUUCUGAAUCCGCUUCUGAUGGCUUGUUCAAAUAGAUUCCUGCUCUAUGAAGCUUGUGCAACCUGGUGCAAGACAAGGUGGAAUUUCCUAAGUUCAAAGAUCUGCAGUGUUUUCAUGAAGGCAGUUACAAUUCACAACACUAGCUCGCAUUAUCCAGCUCUUUCCAGCUUUCAGAUGCUGGGAGAUUCUUAUUCCAUCUUCUCUGUGUCAGGUUAACAUGUGUUAGCAUGUGCUUUGAUUCUCCAGUUGAUGCUGGAGAAGGCACCUUAGUUGCUGUAGUCUAUUCUUGUUUUGUUUCAGAUAAUUUGUAUUUUUCUUUGUUGUACUUGCCUUCUGAAUAUUUUGUGUCAAAUGGUAUAGCUGCUGUUUUGUCUGUUUUGCCUGCUUCUUAAUUUCUUAUCAGUCUUGGUGGUCGGAUAGCUGUUUUUUCCUUCAUUCUUUGUAUGUCAUUGGUCUAUUUGUCAGAUGCAAAGGCAACACAGAUAUUUCAAAAAAAAUGUCCAGUGUACUCCGGGACAGUGUUCCCAUUCAAUGAAGACAACUGAUGACUAGUCUCUCUUUCCAAGGAAUAUGAUUUAUUUCACUGGGAGACCUGCUUCAGUGUGUGGCCUUAGGAUUUUAUCAGUUCUUAGGCAGAGUCCCUUCCUACCUGACUGGCCUUCCGUAAGGCUGAUAGUAUCUGGCCACCGAUGCCUGCAAGGUGCACCAAAUAGAUUUGAGCACAACUUCCCUCUGAGGACUUUGGUUCUUAAGUGUAAGCUUAUGAGUUUGUACUAAUUAUGAAAGCCCAUCAAGUGAGUGAAGCUUACAUUCAUGUUUUUGGAAAAACAAACUUUGUGAAGUUAUGGCUCCAAAGUAACAGUUAUUUAUGUUAUCAUUUAAAGUUUUAGCCAACAUUCCACGAGUUCUCGACUUAUUCUAGUGGUUAAUAACUUUUGAAAAUUUAAAUGUUAAUAGCUUAAUUUUUGUCAUUCCCCAAACUUAUUAUCUACAUUUGUAAUUUCUGCUUAAUUCUUUUUUUGUGUGUUUGCUUAAAAUGCCAAGAAAUUUCUUUAAAACUCUCUACCUAUUUCAUACAGCUACCUACUGUUAGUUUCUCUUUUUUUCUUUUCUUUUUUUGUUUUUGUUUGGUUUGUUUAAUUUUUUUGAGGCAUGGUUUCUAUUAUAUAGCCCUGGCUAUCCUGAUGCUCACUAUGGAGAUCAGGCUGACCUUGGACUCAUAGAUUUCUGCCUGCCUCUUCUUCCCAAGUGCUAAAUUUAAAGGCAUGAGUGUUACCUGUUCAGUUCAUUAGACAUUAAUAUAUGUUCUCUCUAUCUUGGGACUAUCAUAACAUCUUAGUGGUCAGGAAAUGAAGACAAAGAACAAAAACUCCGCUUACAGAUCUUAAAAGAAGUUUUAAGUUACAUUGCUAUUAACUUAGUAAUUAUCUCCUUAGCCAUUAAUGUAAUUCCUUAGAUAAAUAUAAUAUAUUCAAAAAUAUUGGGACCAAAAAUGCACUUGUUUCUUGCCCACAUAUAUAGAGAGAGAUGUAUAUUUUUUUAUUUUGGUGUUUGUUUAUUUUGGUUACAUCGAAUAUAGAUUUUGCUGAACAGUUUUGAUGUUACUUAUUUUUUUAAUAAAAUUUGUAUUGUUAAACACUCUUGGGAAUUAUUUUAUAAUAAAUAAAUUGAUAUAAAAACCUA